ACCAGUGCUCCCACAAGCCUCUUAGCAACCACUUACCAACCAAAAUGCAGUUCAGCAAACUCGCAGCCAUUACUUCUCUCUUGGCAGGUGUCAUCGCAACUCCCAUUGCAGGAGAAGCCACCAAGCUCGCCAAACGUAGCGAAGGUGUUCACCUCGUGAACUGUGGAAGCGAGUACUCCGUCGUCGUUUAUUGCCCCAACGACAGUGACUGCAACCACAGCCCACCAUCCGGAGACGGAUGUUUCAUCUCCGGCAUCGAUACAUGGGAAGGCUUCGAGCAAAGCUGCACUUUCUCUACUGGCACGACCUUCACUUGGAACAUUGAGGCCUAUGCUCAGUCUGAGCCUGAUUAUACCGAGGUUGGGACUGGAACCAACACUUAUCAUAACUUCGAUAUCUAUAAAGAUGAUCAGCAUGUGAUGUAUUAUGAUGGGAACGGAUAUGCGUGCAAGAGUAUUUAUUACUGUCUUGAUAACCAAUCUACACUGGGAUUAUCAGGCCUUGGCUCAAUGUAUCCCCAAGAACUCGUUCGGAAAUGCAGGGAGACAGACCAUAAAUUGCGACCGACUAUCGAUGAAGUGAUCGUGUCCAUUAACGAAGCACUCGCAACUUUCAACGAAGGCUCAUUUAGCACCAUGGAAAUGGAGUCCCACAUUCACGAUCAAUAUCCAGGCAUUGAGUUGUGCCCAGUAUAGUCGUCAAUUGAACAAGGCAGCAGUUUCAAAUUC